AUGAAACUAGUCAUAUCAAAAUGGAAAAUCACAACAAUACUGCUGUGCACCUAUGGUUUUCUCAAAGAGUUCCGCCCAACAGAGCCUUUCCUCUAUCAGUAUGAGCAUGAGACUUUGAACAUCUCUGAACAUACUUUGAAUGCUGAUGUUUACCCAAUAUGGACCUACAGCUACAUGGUCGCUCUCAUUCCUGUAUUUUUACUUACUGAUUUGUUGUUGUACAAAAGUCUCAUUGUCGUGGAAGCACUGGCUUACAUUGUGGUAUGGUGCCUGCUUGUGUUCGCUGGUUCUGUACUUUCACAGCAGAUUCUCGAGUUCUUCUAUGGUUGGGCUACAGCAACUGAGAUAGCAUACUUUGCUUACAUCUAUGUAAAUGUAUCGAAAGAAAAGUUCAAAAGCUUCCAGAUAACCAACUACACACAAACGCUGUGGGGCUCGAUUAUUGAUGUGCAAAAUAGCGAAAUUUACAAUGGUGUAACCGAAGCUUUGUGCCCGUUGAUAGGUUUACCCGUCGUCUUCCUCGUCCAGUAUCUUCGUGUUGAUUGGUCGAGAUGGGGAGAGCUGUGCCUCGCUCUCUGCUCAUUGCUGGACGGCUUCAUCUUGUUUCUACUUUCACAGACGGACAGUCUCCUCGUCAUGUAUAUAGGAUACGUAGUGUAUAGAGUACUGUAUCAAGCAAUGAUAACAGUGACACAGUUCAAUCUAGCCGAUAGUCUCGAGACGGCUUCAUAUGGACUUGUAUUCGGGUUGAACACUUUUGCAGCCCUCGUUCUUCAGUCAAUUCUAACGUUGGUCGUAACAUCCUCCUUUGGCCUUGCGCUCAGCAUACGGCCACAGUUUGUGGUCUACUCUGGAUACCAUUUCGUCGUUGCGGCGAUAUUCAUUGUGCCUCCAAUAUACCGAGUCUUGCGAAAGGUUUACAACGUAUGCAAGAAUUAG